CCUCCCUCGACACUCGGACCGCCGUCCCUACCGUAUUCGUGACGGAGGUUCGCACUGAUUCUUGACAUGUGGUGAUUGAUUGAUGGAUGUUGGCUGCGUCAAGUAAGCAUCCGCACGUCUGUUGCAAGUCUCUGACUCAGCCAAAGUCUGCGUCAGGUGCCCGAUGGCGCGGACCUAUCUGACUCGACGUUUGCACCGCCGUUGGGAUGCCUUCACACGAAAGUCUUGCCGAAAAGAUGAGCGACAUUCGCUGACACGCUUCGCAGAAUGUCACCCUCGCUUGAGGCUAAUCGGCCCGUAAUGAGGGUGCUCGCAAGACAGCUUGCGUGCGAGCUCGCACAUUUUACCGAUUCCGAUCAUUCGGAGUCGCGGCUGAUAUCUCAUAUUCAGAAUAGCGUUCCACAAAGACGAUUGGUGCGAUUAUUUUUUCCCGAGAAAAAUUACAAAUGUGGCGGAGGGGAUGGACGGCACGGUGCUGCGCGCUUGCUUACAGCACUCGUGGGACGCCGACGUCGUGUCAGCCACUUGAUUCGCAAGAGCACCUACACGCGCACUGGGUCCACGCUCGAGAGUCUUGGGAGAGUCAACAUGGCCAGACCACGAGUCAGGGCAGCGAAUUACAGUUUUCGUCUGGGGAAUCUGACGAACGUUCCGUCUUUUUCCCCCUUCCCAGGCGGCUCCACCACACCAGUCUGGCACUCGUGCCAGCGAGGUGUUUCUAUGAUGGGCGCUUUGCGUCCCAGUGCUCAGGAUCAUCAGCACGAUCGUCGUGCUGUUCCGCGAUGUGCGUUUCCGUGAUCCCGAGGAGUUAGAGUUUCUCCUGCUUCUGCGACCUUUCAGGCAAUUUCCUGAGCACUCCGACUUGGGUCAUGGUUGCGACGAGUCUGCCUUGCUCAUCCCACAUUCUGCCCUCAUUGUACGUUCUCUCAUGCGUGCUCAAGUGCGUCUUGACCU